AUGGAGACGUUUGUACUCAGACUGCUCAUUAUUACGAGUGCUUGCGCUUUGUCAGAGAAGCACGUCUUCGUCCGUAAACCACGGAUCUGGUCAGCUGCUAGAGGAUACUGCAGGAUACACUACACUGACAUUUCGCCAAUCACCAAUGAGGUGGAGGAAGGGGUGCUAAAACAGUUUGCGGGAAAGUACAUGUCAGGAUGGAUCGGCCUCUACUGGGAUAAAGAUGUCAAAAAAUGGAAAUGGUCAGGAGGAGACAAUGUCACAAAUCAAAACUGGUUGAACGGGAUACCACACAGGGACACUAAUGCCAAAUGGACCAGUGAUGGAUGGCGAGCUGUAAAUGGCCUAACGGAACAAAAUUUCUUCUGCUUGAACCUGAUUGUGGUGCAGGAAAAGAAGACCUGGGAGGAAGCUCUGGUGCACUGCAGGGAACACCACAGCAGCUUGACCAGCCUGCUCUCCAAGUCCGAGACUCUCCUGGCCCAAAAUCGGAUCCGGAACGCGACCGUCACCGAGGAGAUCUGGAUUGGCCUGCGUUACCUGGGAGACAGCUGGCUGUGGGUGAACGGCGACCCUCUGGUGUACAGUGCCUGGCCGGAGGGGGGAGAUCAGGACCACCUGUGUCCAGUGUGGAGACGCUGUGGGGCUUUAACCAAAGAAGGAGUUUGGGAGAACAUCGGCUGUCAUGAGAAGCUCCACUUCAUUUGCGCUUGA